AUGAAAAUAUUCUCUGCUGGUACUUUAAGUCCAGGAGUUCUAAGAAGUGUAUUUAUUGAGCGGUGUCCACGAUUUGGUGGGUUCAGACAACACGAUAGUCAUGAAUUUAUCCGUGCCAUACUCGACUGUAUGAAACAGGAGGAACUUAUACGCUGGAAGAAGGGUAUCUUGCUCAAACUCAAUGUUAACCCGAAGGAUAUUUGUGAUGAUGAAAGGCAAUCAGUUCGCAGUUGGGGGAAAGCUGCUUCAACGGCCACAAUUAUAGAUCGUCUCUUUGGUGGUGUACUCAUUAGUACAUUGGAAUGUUGCUGUUGUGGUACUGUUCGUCCUAAAUUUGAGCCAUUUCUUGAUCUUUCAUUACCUGUUCUGGAUAUGAAUGUUUCAAAGCACAAGGAGAAUGAACCUACAGGAAAACAACAUUCUAGAGGCAUGAAUAAUUCCAAACAACGUCGAAAGAAAGAGCGUAAGCAUAAGACUCAGAAGCAACGAAAACGUCAAACUUUCACUGAUGACAAGCAGACAGGUGAUAAUUAUCUAAGUCAAUGUAGUUCUGAGUCAGAAUCUCAUGAAACCAGCCUUAAUCAAACCGAAGAAGUUACCAGCUAUCCAUUGUGUACACUUAGCAGUAGUGAGUGUGAAACUGAUGAACAAGUGAAGACGAACGUCUUUAAUGCUGAACAACAGAUUGAUAAACUAACUAGUCGAAAUGAUCCAGAUCGUUUCAAUGAAAUACUGAAUGGAAGUGAGUGUGAUGAAAUUGUAUCAUCAGACGGGAAUUGUGCAGAUGUUGAAGGCAGUGAUCGACAUGAUAGUGUAACAUCACUUCAGUUAAUUGUGAACAAUGAUAAUGGUAAUCCAGAUAGAAUCGAAGAAAUUGAUCCCAAUAGAUCAUAUAUUCUUACUGAAGAAUUUGAUAAACUUCAUCUCAAUUCAUCAACAUCAUCUCAAUUAUUAUUUGAUACUGAUGAAUUAACUCAAGCUAUUCAUUAUUCACGAAUUCCACUCAAUCAUCAAUAUAAUCAUAUGAAUUUAGAGGAAAAUUCCACUUCUCUUUAUGACUGUCUUUCAAAAUAUACUGCUGCUGAACUCCUGACUGGUUGUAAUCAACUAGUGUGUGAUGUCUGUAGUAGUAAAAAGUCUACAGAGUCAGAAACGAGGAAUGACAACAAGAAUAAGCUUAAUAAUAAUAAUAAUAAUCCACCUGUAUUACAAGAUGUUAUUAAACGUGAUUUAAUCUACAAACCUCCGCCUAUUCUUAUGAUACAUUUAAAAAGAUUUCAACAGGUUGGUAUACAUUUAAGAAAAUCACAAAAACGUAUAAAUUUCCCUAUCUACCUGGAUUUAUCACCAUUCUGUUCAGUUCUAGUUGUGUCUCAUUCUAGUCAAAUUCGUUAUCGUCUCUAUGGUGUAAUUGAGCAUACAGGACAUCUUACAUCAGGUCAUUAUGUUGCAUAUAUAGCUGUCCAAAAAUUAAAUGGAAUUAUUAAUACACUUGAGAAUCAGUCAAAUUUACUACUGAAUCGAUUUAUUGGUCCUUUGAAUCGUUCACCUAAAUGGCCAUUAUCUGUUCAAGAUUUAGUUCAACGUCUACGUCGAUGUGAUCAUCAUCGACUUCUGUUAGCAGCGAAUAAUUUGACUAGUUCCAAGUUAUUGUUAUUUUCACAACUUCAAAAUAAUAGUAGUCCAAUCAACAAUAGCAUUCAUAGUGAUAAAAAGGACUCAUGUAAUGCAUUGAAUCAUGAAGUGGAUGUGAACGAUUCACGUUCAUGGUAUUAUUGUUCUGAUAAUCAUGUGUCACAUGUAUCUGAAGCUACUGUACUCAACUGUCAACCGUAUCUUUUAUUCUAUGAACGAAUUGAAUAA